UCGGCCAAAGAGCAACCAGAGUCGACAACACCGACAACCUUGUUUUCAGACCCAGGAGAAAUCAGGGGGACGCGCUCACAUCGCGGCGGGUGAGAAAGUACGGGCUUGCCAGCUGCGUCAUUGUCACCCCGAGGACUCGAAGGGUGUGCCAAGGUCUCAGAGAAAACAUCCAAGACUUCACUGGUGACGCUCACGGGAAACACUCAAUCCUGCAGGAACGCCAGCUCGGCCCAGCAUCAUUCGAGUAAGGUACUUGCCAUCACGCGCUGCCCACAUCUGACGCCCCGAGAGUCUACGAGCAAGUACUGGUUAUGGCUGACAACAACAGCAUUCCGCACGAGGCAAUUAUCCCCAUCGUUUUCGACGGCAAGAGACACUUUCCCGGCAAGCAGCAACUGGCAGGCUCAUGCCACAUUUUUCAGAUGGUCGAGCGCAAAGAGCCUCUGGUUCCACUGGAUGAAGACCCACUGCAGCGAGAGUGGGAGGAGUUCAUUGAAGAUUUCCCACAAUGCAGCAGGUACCUGGAGCCCAAUUUCAUCGACCGCAACUUUCCGACACUCCGCAAGAGACUGUCCGGGGAUGCCAGAGCAGACACUAACGACGAUGAAGGAGACAAGGUUGUCAUUUAUGACGUAGACGUCAAGCAGUUCCGACCCGACGAUGUACACGUCAGAGUGAAGGAUGGCAACAUAUCUGUGGCGGGGCGAACUGAGAAAGUUAUCAGCGGUGGAGGUAAAUACAGCAAAGAAGAACUACUCGGAGGCCUCCUGAUUCCCACGGAUAUUGAUGCCAAUGACGUCACGCUGGAGAGGACUCCCGAGCUACGACUGAAGAUCUCGAGACCCGAUUCGCGGCCAGCGUCUACCAUGUUGUCAGCUUCCACCUGGACCCAUUCGUCGGCAGAAAACUCGCUUGCCGAGAGGUGAAGUGGCUGUGUCAUCUUGAGAUAGGUACGCGAUGAGCCCGAGGUGGCAGCUGGGUCUGCACAGCGUUGUCCAUUGGAGAGAAGCCACACUAACCCCGGAACGAGUUUGCACCUGCUCUCACGGCACAUUAGUGAAGACUCGAGAGGACACAAAUUCCUCUUUUCGUCAUACGUGCUUUUUGCGGUGACUCAUGCUACUAGGAAAUUUUAUGUACUCCUCUAGGACAGGUCAUCAGGCCUUCCACACAGACACUCGUCUCUUGGUAAAUUGUAGAGUUCCCCUACCUGAUAUAUUAUGCCUGAGUUGUUAUCGCUAUAGUAUAGCUGUAGUGAACAUUCCCCUACUGUUUUCACUAUUCGCGCAUUUUGAAAGUGGUCGUUUCUCCUGCUGUUGAAAGGUUUUGGGUGAGCUUAUGAAGGACCAAGAAUGCGUUCGACCUGCUUUUAAUGUGAGCUUGUUCCUGUUUUUUGAAUAAAAAUGUCGUUGUUACUUUGCUUA